AUGGGUCUGUCUUGGGGCCGGCUGGCGCUGGCUCUGCUGGACAUAGGGGAAGCUUCCAGCAGCUUCUCAAGUGCCACCCUUGUAGCCCUCCCUGCUACCAAAACCUUGCCAUGCAAACCCAAUACAAUGCCUGAAGGUUUAGGGACCUCUUCUCUCUCGCCAGAUUGCGGCAUAGACUGCCAGACCUACUGUCUCAUAGACUGCAGACAGGGACAUUACUACACAGCUGGCAACUGCUUGGAAUGUCCAACGGGUUUCUAUUGCCCUGGGGGUCAAGCAGCCCCAAGGAAAUGCCCACUGGGAACAGCCAAUGAACUUACUGCUCAAGCAGACAUCACAGCUUGCCAGGUUUGUCCCAAUGGCUAUCUCAGCCUAGAGAGUGGAGCUGGGUGCCGUGCGUGUCCAGAUGGCUAUUCAUGCGAUCCACGUAGUGGCGUGCAGAGGAGCUGUGGUCCUGGUCAGUAUUCGCUGGAGGGAGAGUUGGAGUGUCAGGAAUGUCCAGAGAGAUAUGUCUGCCCAGAUGGACGGAGCAGACAGCGUUGUUUGGCCGGUCAGCAGCCAAAUCCAAGCCGCACUCAUUGUGUAACCUGCGCUCCUGGUUCUUUCUCAACUGAAGACACUCUCCUAUGCCAGCCCUGCCCAGCAGGAAUUGGAUUGUGUUUGAAGUGCCCUGCUGGGUAUUUCUGUCCUGCUGGAGCAAGUUAUCCAGUCCCAUGCCAGCCAGGUACAUACAAUCCUCUCCAAGGACAGGAUGAAGCUGCUGAUUGCAGAGCCUGCCCAGCAGGGAGAGCUUGUACUCAGGCUGGCUUAGCCCAGCCUGAUGCAGAGUGCUUACCAGGGUAUGUGUGCCCAGCGGGGUCAUCCAGCCCUCAUUUUCCCAGCAACGCCUGUCCUCCAGGAACAUUUGGCAAUGACUUCAGCCUCUUUGAUAAGUCCCAGUGUGAAACGUGCCCCGCUGGAUUCGUCUGUGUGAGAGGAACAGGUGGGAAACAGAAGCCUCCCACUCCAUGCCCAGUUGGUCACUACUGCCCACCAGGCACAAAGCACCCAAUGCAGCACAAGUGUGCCCCAGGCACCUGGAGCAAUAGGACAAGCCUGACCUCGGAAGAGGAGUGCUUUCCGUGCCCUGCCGGCUGGUUUUGUGUAGGAGGAGCCCCUGUCCCUACUGGGAUGUGCAGCUCAGGGCACUACUGCCCUCAAGGUACGUGGAGGGGCACACAGUACCCCUGUCCUGCAGGAACUUACAGUACCAGGCUGGGAAAUGGCAGAGUGGAAGAUUGUGCUGCCUGCCCCGCAGGAGCUUUCUGCACCAGUGGGACCUCCAAGCCAGUUCUAUGUCCAGUAGGAACUUAUCGCAUGGAACAUGCCGCAAAAGUGGCUGCAGACUGCAUCCCUUGUCCUGGAGGGUAUUACUGCCCUGAGCUUGGCACUGUUACUCCUCAAACAUGUGGUGCUGGCAACUUUUCAGACCAAGGUUCAGCCUCCUGCUUGCCGUGUCUUGUUGGACAUUACUGUGCUAGUGAGAACACUAGCCGGGAAGUGAUGCUCCUUGCUAUGAUUUGCCCAGCGGGUCUCCUGUGCCCAGAAGGACAGGCAGUUGUUCCUGAUGCCAGUGCAAAUGCCUGCCCAAGAGGAUACUACUGUCCUCAGGGAGAUACUGGCUUGCAUGCUAAGCCUUGCCCCAGCGGGACCUAUGGUGAGCAGAAGGGUCUAAGCAGUGCUGAUGAAUGCCUACUGUGCCCUGCAGGGAAGUACUGCUACAGAGAUGGGAUUGAGCCUCUAGGAAUUCCCCACCCUACGGGGGAUUGCCCACCCGGCUACAACUGUCCUCCAGGGACUGGAUUCCCUUUCUCCUUCCCCUGUAUGCCAGGCUUCUUCUGGGAUAAUUCCAGUGUAGAGGGUGAAGAUGCUUGCAAACCAUGUCCACCUGGGUACUACUGUGACUCUCUUGCCAUGUUGGAGCCCAAACCUUGCCCAGCGGGCUUUUACUGUGUCAAAGGCAGCUCUAAACCUGAACCUUGCCCAGAGGGUACAUACAGUAACAAGAAGGGGCUGUCUGGACCCUCGGAGUGCAGCCCCUGUGGCCGUGGUUUCUACUGUGCUGCUCCAGGACAGACUGGGCCAAGUGGUCCCUGUGAGGCUGGAUUCUACUGCCAGGGCAGGGCCCUGACUCCAUUGCCCGCAGAUGGCGUGACAGGAAACAUGUGCCCUGCUGGGGCAUACUGCCCAGCCGGCUCUCCCUCACCUAUCCCCUGUCCUCCAGGAACUUACAGCAAUGUGAGUGGGUUGAGAAGCCUCCAUGAGUGCUUGGACUGCCCACCUGGGUGA